AGGUUCCGCUGGUCGCGCCGGCACGCUCCGGCGGUGGCUGCAGUCGCGCCUGCCGUCGCCAGCGUGCAGCCGCAGUGGCGAGACGAGGGGCCGGUGUGGAGGCUGCUGCGGCGGUCGCAGAUACGCUGGGCGCGCCGCAUCAACAGCGAGGUUGGCUUCUGGCACAUCCUCCUGGACCCGAGCGGCACGGAUCGGUCCGAGGAGGACGCGACUGCGGUGCGGCAGUGGCUCGACAGCGGCGACGUACGCUGGACGUGGGACGGGGUGGAUGCCAUCUGUGCACGAGUGGCUGGCGCGCAGGCGAUCAGCCGCGGCGGCUUCGGCCCUCCCAGGAUCCUGAACGCGGGCUCCGGGCCGUUGGCGCCUGGGCCUCUCCGCUGCGAGGGGGCGGCGGAGUCCGUUGGCGCCAGGGCGCUGGGCCAGGUGCCCGUGGUGGCGGCCGACGGCCUGGCGCGCUUCUACAUGCAGCUCUUCGACUCUCUGGGCCAGGCGCCCCGUGCCACGCCCCUGCACUGCGCCGUCGAGGAGCUCCCGCGCUGCUUCCCGCGCGACCACUUCGACGUGGCCCACAUCCGGAACGCCCUGGACCACGCAGUGGACCCGCUGCUAGGCAUCAGGCAGCUGCUGUCGGUGGUGCGCCCCGGAGGCUGGCUGCUGCUGCGGCACGAGCGCAACGAGGGCGUGGCGGGGCAGUUCCAGCUCGGGCUGCACCAGUGGUCCUUUGACGCGGCGGAGACGCCGGCAGGCAGUGCUGGGCAGGAGCCCCACUUCGUGGUGUGGAGCCCGGCGCUCCGCGCAGACGUCUCGACGUGGCUGCUGUCGGAGGGCCUGGCCUCUCAGGUGAUCACCGAGCUGAGGCCGCACCCUGGUCGCGACGCUCCCGGGGCCGAGCUCGAGUACAUCUGGGUGGACAUACAGAAGGCCCCGCUGUAGCGGGUUGCUGGGUUCCCGAGGGCACUUGUGGCUGCCGGCGCGGGGCGGCUUUCCGUGGCGCGGGCAGCGGCCGCAGCCACGGCGGCCGCAGCGGCGCUCGCGGACGCGGUGCUGGCGGCACCGCCGAGCAGCUGCUGCUGCCGCUCAUGCUGCUUCUGCUGCUGCUGCUCCUUAUCCCGUUGCACCUUCACCCCCGUCUCCACCUCCUCCCCCUUUCGAUGCUCGGCAGCGGCAUGCGAUUCGACGAUGGCAGUAACGUUACCAUGAAGGAGCU